UGUGUGUGUGUGUGUGAAAGAUAUACAUAAUAACAGUCUGUUAUAUGUAACAUGCUAUUAACAGACACACUCUCUCGCAGUAUUUCACAAAACGGUCAAUAAUGUUAGAUCGUAAUUUUAACGUCAACAUAACUGAAGCGUUAUCCUGGCGGCUGCAUUGUAACAUCUAUGGGCUGUUAGCAUCGCUAGCAUGCUCAAGGCCCAUGUGUGUCUACAGCCCGCCUCAUGCAAACAGACUUGCCGGCAGCAUUCGUUAUAGUCAGAAAUAAACAUUAACCGUCAAGUGUUGGUUGAAGUUAAUAAUAAUUCGCAAGAGAAUAACGUCCGAUUUAGCUGUAACUUGUCGCUAAAGGCUAGCUGUAAAUGAAGCGCCCGGACUAUUGUACUGAAAGUGACCCUGGGUCUUUCGCCAACAGGCUCUAGUACAGUUACAUUCGUUUUGGCAUUUUAAGAAUUAGAUGUGGCGGGACCCUUGAUCUCAGCAUCCUGGAAGUGGAAAUCACGGAAGAGGCUGGUCCUUCAUCACAUACAGGUUCAGUGCGUAGCAGUGCUGUUUCUGAAGCAGGACAGUCUGGGAAGGAGGCGGUGCAGCAGCGCACGUGUCCGGCAGUGGCUGUGCUGGGUGGCACCUCCGCGGCUGCGCAGAAUGUGGACAGGCCACCCCAGCAUGCCCUGCAGCCAGUCGCAGCUGCCCCUCUACCCCUGUCUUCGGUUGACAUUGCCACUGGUUCGCAGCAGCAGAAAGGAAACUCAAAGGCUGCAUAUACAGAACAGACCAUCACUGACACUCAACGAAACAGCGGCACCAAGGAUCCAGAAGAGAUAUCAACUUUGUGUCAUAAAGAAACUGUCCCAAGAGGACUGGUGUCAGCUACUGCUGAAGAAUUACAAAAGCUUUCAAACACUUUGGAGGGUCAGACUCCCUCAGACAGACUUUUUGAGAGCGGGACGCAAAUUAUUGCAAAAAAACGGGGUUUGCUUUGCAGGUGUAACACAGAGAAAACAAGCCUUGCAUAUAGGGAGACUGACAUGGCGGAGGGAUCCAGUACAGGCCACUGCAGAGAUUGGAGCCAACACCCUGGAGAUGCAGGGGAUGUCUCUGCCCCUAAUAAGACAGAAAAGGGACCUUUGCCUCCAGAGACAAUCAAAUUGGAAUACAAGCCUGAUAUUAGUCAGGAGAACAUGCCCGGAAAGCACAAAACUGGAGAGAGUCUUUGUAUUUCAAAAACUGAAGUCAUCCCAGCAGUCUCAAGUGCGGUUAAGACAACACCCAGAGACUCUGAGCAGUCCCAAACAACUCCUCCUUUUCAGACAAAUCAGACUACUCUCUCAUCUGAGUUUAGUGUCCCACAGGAACAAAGUACAACAAAUUCAGCUAAGGCUUGUAAACUUAAUGACUCUAAGGAGACCAUGGAAGAUGUUGUGAAAGAGCUACCAAAAACAAAAGGUGACGUUGGUCCAGCUACAAAAGCAGCUGAGGGAGCACGACAGGGUUUUAGUGGACAUUCUCUCUGCUCAGGAUAUUCCUCAUCGAAGCAAGGAGGACCUUACUAUGCACAGCACAUUACCCCAGACAAUGGAAACAGCAUGCUAAACGACUCAAACGAGGGUUGUCCUCCAGAGGACUGCAGUAAAAGAAAGCAGGGGUCAGAAUUGGCAUCUGCUACAAAAAGAACAGCCCUCCCUAAUGCAAGCCCACUUCUUAAAACACCUGUCAUGCCCACCCUGCUUGAGAAUAUGAAGUCUGCGCAAGAGCUAAGCUCUCAGCAUAUAAACUUAAGUGAAACCCCCAAAACCUUUCAUUUAUGUAAAGAGACUGGUGCAAGGGCGGGAGAAAGUAAUGAGAAUUUCCCUGUGACUGCUGAAGUAUUUCAUGACAUUUCUGUUGAUGAACCAAAGCUGUCUGUGGAUGGAACGUGCACGAAUAAUGUACAAGUCCCCAUAGUUAAAAAAGUGUCACAAGUCAUGGUUUGUGGCUCAUCAGAUAUGAUUUUGAAACAGAAUAACAGUGCCAAUCGUAUAGAAAUAUCCAUGUCCUCAAAUCACCAACAGGAUGGGAGCAUUCUGCUUUCACACACAGAGAACUGUGUGACUUUAGAGGGACUGGAAUCAGAUCAUCCAAGACUUUCUCAAACCAGCAUUGACUGUGUGGUCCAACAAGUGCAAGAGUCCAUUCCAGCAGAUCAUAAACUCUCACAGAUACAGAUAUGCCUGAAUGACACCCCAGGUAUUGUGGAAGAAAGGCAGGAAGAGAGUACAGAGGCUCUGUCUGAAAUCAAUGCUGUUGAGGUGAAAGAUUUGAUUGAUGUUGGUAUUUUAAUGCAGCGAGAUAUGGAGGAUACCUGGCUGGUCGUAAGCGAGAUAGAGGGGCAGUGCAAGGGUGCCGAGGCCAGCGCAGAGUCUCUGGUGCAGUGCCCUGAAUCCCAGUCAGCUGUAGCUGUAUAUGAGUGCACUGUACCCUGCUUUACCUCAACUGCUGUACACAGUGAUGUUAAGUUGCUGUUACCUGAAAGAGAAGAGGAAGAACUGGCAGGUAAACAAUUUCCUGAACCAAUGGAAACAUUGAUGCAAAAGUUCAAACCUCAGACCUCAUCUAACCCUAAUACUCUAAAACCAACACAAGAGUUAAACACCAUGCCCUCUCCACAAAGAGAAAGGACCAUAAUUAUCAACCAAAAUGAGAAUUCAAGUCCCACUAAUCUUGCAAACACAAUCACAGAGUUAACGUCCAAUCUGAUGGAUAACACAAUUGUCUCUGUGCCACAAGAAUCUGUUGUGGGGAUGAAAAAUACACCAGAUGUGUCAUUAAUUUCAUUGUCUUAUGGCACAAUUGAUCCAAAACUACUGAUCUUAAAAAAGGGUGACGACCCUGUCCUUAAGCCCCCUCCUUUCCUGUCUGCUAGUAUCUCGACUAAACAGAACUCCCCUGUCCAAGCUGGCAGCCCCAGUGAUGGAUCACAUAAAGCUUCAGAGUGCCUUGCUAAAAAUGAUUCAAAUGCAGGCUCUCUGCAUGAUAGCACCUCCACCAUUAAGCAGGAUGCCAUGUUACCUGGUGACUACCCUGUCUCAAACACUCUCUCUCAGUCCUCUUGGACUGUUUCCAUAUCUAGUGUACUUUCACAGAACAGCUGUGAAAAAGAAAACUUUAGUAUAUCAAAUAGUUCUCAAUGGUCUGACAAGAUGCUUCAGAAUGAAUCCUCUGCUAAUAUGUCUUUAUCAACAGUACAACUCCAUACCUCACAAAGCCCUCCUCCAUCUUCUGGAGAUGAGUGGGGUACUGGAUCCAGUGCUAACCUGGAGGGGAAGAGGACCAAGCAAUCACCGGUCAGUACACCAUGCCAAGAUUCAACAUCUUUGGGGGGUGAACUAGAGUUGGAACAGCAGCAGUCACCAGUGGAACAUUUGUCAACUAUACAAGAUGUUCAGCACACUAUCCUGGAGCCACUUGAUGCUUCCAUUGAAGAAAGCAGUGAUGGAGAGGUUGACAGUUCCAUGGAGGUCCAGAAUGAUGACAGCGUUGCUAUGCCCAGUCCAGCACUGAACAAGGUUUGCCAGUGGAUUGCAGGCAAGGUCACAGCAGGCUCCACUCCUUCCACCUCCCCUGUUCCAUGUCCAUCUCCCUCGUCCAGUGACUGGAUACGUUCCCAUUCAGACCGAGCCUCACCUAUACAAAGCUCUCAUGGCAAAAACACGCCCUCCACAUCCUCCCAGGGUUCUAGUGGCUGUUCUCAGUCAGAGCAAACAGCCACCCCCAAAUCUCGCUCAGAGAAGCAUACAGACAUGGCAGGACUGGCAAAACAUGAAGCAGAAAUAGAACAUCGGACCCUUGCACUGAAACGUGAAGGUUUCUGGUCCCUAAAACGUCUGUCUCGUAUAACAGAACCAGUUCGGCCCAAAGUUCAGUGGGAUUACCUGUGUGAGGAAAUGCAGUGGCUUUCUGCAGACUUUGCACAAGAGAGACGAUGGAAAAGAGGAGUGGCCAGAAAAGUAGUGCGGAUGGUGAUGCGCCACCAUGAGGAGGUGAGGCAGAAGGAAGAGAGAGCAAAACGUGAGGAGCAGGCCAAACUGAGGAGAGUGGCUUCUUCUAUUGCCAAGGAGGUCCGUGCCUUCUGGAGCAGCGUUGAGAAGGUGGUCCAGUAUAAGCAACAGUCCAGACUGGAGGAAAAGCGGAAGAAGGCCCUAGAUCUCCAGCUGGAUUUCAUUGUGGGUCAGACAGAGCGUUACUCUGACUUAUUAAGUCAGUCCCUGCAGGCUGCUGCUGUACAGAGUUCAGAGAAUGCAGCACUCUCCAAACAAUCACAGCUGAAUGCUGCUGAUGAGGAUGAUAGAGACUUUGAGCCACCGUGUGAGGAGGAGGAUGAUGAAGAGACUAUAGAUGUAGAGGAGCAGCAAGAGGGAAAUGAUGCAGAAACGCAGAGGAGAGAGAUAGAGUUACUGAGGCAAGAGGGCACUCUGCCUCUAGACCAGCUUCUCAGUACUCUAACUCUCCCCCAGGAUGGUAACUUGGAAGAAGAGGCCUCAGAUGCUUCCUCGUCUAUAGUUGAAGAUGAAGACAAGGAAUUCAGUGCAAAUGAAGAAGAUGCGGAAGAUGAAGAGGACACCAUUGCAGCCCAGGAAAAGAUUGAAGGAGAUGGAGAUCAUGCAGAGGAAAUUGAUGACCUUGCUAGAGAGGGAGAAAUGAGCAUGGAAGAGCUGCUGGAGAAGUAUAGAGGAGCAUAUGCCUCUGAUUUUGAGGAACCCUCAGCAUCACCAGACUCCUCAGAAGAAUCAGAGGGAACUGAGGAGGAGGCGGAGGAAGAGACUGAAGGAGAAGACAGCAUUGAUAAUAGUGGCACCUCCUCAGAUUCCCAAGCGGCUGUAGACCAUGUCGAAGAAGAUGAUGAUGAGGAGGUGCAGGAAAGUGAAGAGGAGGAGGAGGAGGAUGAUGAUGGGGGAGAGGGAAUGGAAGUUCUGCUGAGAGAGGGAGACCAUAGUCCCACUGUACCUACAUCUCCACGACCCAAGAAGGAGAUCAGCCACAUUGCUGCUACUGCUGAGAGCCUUCAACCUAAGGGAUACACAUUGGCAACAACAAAGGUCAAAACGCCUAUUCCUUUCUUACUUCAUGGCACCCUGCGUGAGUACCAGCACAUUGGACUGGACUGGUUGGUCACUAUGAAUGAGAAGAAACUCAAUGGCAUUCUUGCAGAUGAAAUGGGACUUGGCAAAACCAUUCAGACCAUUGCACUGUUGGCUCAUCUAGCAUGUGUAAAAGGUAAUUGGGGUCCACAUCUGAUCAUUGUGCCCACCAGUGUAAUGCUAAACUGGGAGAUGGAGUUGAAACGUUGGUGUCCAGGAUUCAAAAUCCUUACCUACUAUGGCAGCCAGAAGGAGCGCAAACUCAAGAGACAAGGCUGGACUAAGCCCAACGCUUUCCAUGUAUGCAUCACCUCGUAUAAGCUGGUGUUGCAAGAUCAUCAGGCUUUUAGACGCAAGUCUUGGAGGUACCUAAUUCUUGAUGAAGCUCAGAACAUCAAGAAUUUUAAGUCCCAACGCUGGCAAAGCCUGCUGAACUUCAACAGUCAGAGGCGAUUGUUGCUCACAGGAACACCUCUCCAGAACAGUCUAAUGGAACUGUGGUCUCUCAUGCACUUCCUUAUGCCGCAUGUCUUCCAGUCCCAUCGUGAGUUCAAGGAGUGGUUCUCCAACCCACUGACUGGCAUGAUUGAAGGAAGCCAAGAGUACAACGAGGGCUUGGUCAAACGGCUUCACAAGGUGUUAAGACCCUUUCUCCUGCGCAGAAUCAAAGCAGAUGUGGAGAAACAAAUGCCCAAAAAAUAUGAGCAUGUUGUGCGCUGUCGACUAUCCAAAAGACAGCGUUUUCUCUAUGAUGACUUCAUGGCCCAGGCCUCGACACGAGAGACUUUGGCAAGUGGCCACUUCAUGUCUGUGAUCAACAUUCUAAUGCAGCUGCGGAAAGUAUGUAAUCACCCCAACUUGUUUGAUCCAAGGCCCAUUCAAUCUCCCUUCAUCACAGAGCCCAUCAUCUAUUCUACUGCCUCACUGGUUCAGCAGGCUCUUGAAACCUCACCUUUUGAACGCUGUGAUUUGUCCUUGUUUGACCUGGUUGGUCUUGAGCGACGUGUAUCUAGAUACCAGGCAGAUGUUUUCUUCCCUCAGAGGAAAGUGACACAUCAUCUUAUUCAGGAAAUUAUGGACUCCCCUAAUCCUCAUCCCAGACCAAAGCCUCUUCGCAUGAAAGUCAACAGGAUGCUCCAGCCUCUUCCUAAGUCUGAUGGGUGCUCCACAGUGAACAGCCCACGGCCCAUGUGUCCCACCACCACUGCGGUUCAGAUUCCAAAGCCGCCUCUAAUCACAGAGGUCAGCAAUUCCCAGGCUCCCUCCCAGCCAUCACCUCAAGUUUGCCCUGUUACUCCUGUCACUGCACCGAGAGCUCCAGUGGGUCCUAGCACUGUCCCGGCCAGUGCUGCAAUUAGGCCUCCAGCCCCCCACCCAGUGACUAUACGCCCCUCAGCACCCUCUAGUGUCCCAGCUGUGGCCACUCCCCCUCAGCCACCAAGCAAUCUCCUUACUCAGCGGGUUCUUCUCAGCCCAGACAUGCAGGCUCGGUUGCCAUCUGGAGAGGUGGUGAGUAUUGCUCAGCUGGCCUCUCUAGCUGGCCGGCCAGUGUCGUCCUGUCAGGGCAGUAAACCUGUCACCUUCCAGCUUCAGGGCAACAAGCUUACACUCUCUGGGACUCAGCUGCACCAAGUACCUGUGCCUAAACCACGACCCAUCCCAGGAAAUGUAAUGCAUCUGGUUUCCAGUAGUGGGCAGCACCACCUAAUUAGUCAGUCAGCUCAGGUGGCAGUUCUUCACACUGUUAGUCAGUCAGGUAGCAGCUCAGCAAAUCCCUACCCAGCCAACACAACCUGCUCUGGAAUAGCAAUACCUUUCACAGCUACUCAAGUCCCAUCAUCCAUGGUAAGUGGACCUGGAAUUGUAAAGAUUGUUGUUCGCCAGGCAUCAAGUAAAGAAGGAGGAUCGGUCCCCACUCUGGCUGUGCCUCCUUCUCCUCGUCCUGCUCCUCAGUCAGUCACCCUUCACCCCCAUGGCACCCCAAGCCCUGUUCUUAGAGUGCCCACUUCUUCACAGCCCCCACAACGGCCUCCAGUUUAUGCUGCUCCACCCCGAACUGUUGCUUUAUCUCAGACUCCACCCACCCGCCCUGUGUUGAGAGUCGUACAGGGAACAGCACCAAAACCAGAACCAGUAGCGAAGGUGAAAUCAUCAUCAGGAUGCGAGGACAGUGGUAGUGAUGUUAUUACUUUGCGCAUGAGCACUUCUAAGCCUGCAUCUUCAUCUCAGAGCAGUGGGUCAACAUCUCAGCGUCCCCGCAUUCAGCCGCCACCUCCACCACUAUCCCCUUUCUACAUGUCAUGGCUUGCAGACAGCCAAAAGGCUCAACGAGAUGGACGAAUCUCUCAAAUCAUUCGCAUCAACGAUCUGCACUGCACUGCUAAGCCUGCGUAUGGCCGUGAGGUGCUGGACUUUUUAACCUUCCUCCCAGGCCCUUGUCCAUCCCCAGCACGUCCUGUUCUGGACAACUGGACUUUCUCUGGUUACAGCUCCUGCCUCAUUGCUCAAUCACACCAUUACAGAGAUUACCUGGAAAAGAGUGAAGCCCUGAAAGAAGCCAUCCAUAACUCAGAGGAGAGACUUAAACAUCUCUCUGAGGUCAUGGACAGGUUCACUUUUGUUAUUCCUCCAGUGGACGCAAAACCUAUCACCAUGCACAGCUGUCACCCACCUCCCUCCCUUAGACAUCAGCAGGCUGUUUUCUCCUCAUUUCUAUCUUCCCAGCUCUCCCCGCUCACACAUACGCUCCAUCGCAUUCAGUGUAACAUGAGGACACAUUUCCCUGAUUUAAGGCUUAUUCAAUAUGACUGUGGUAAACUGCAGACACUCCACCUCUUGCUUAGAAAGUUGAAAGCAGGAUGGCACAGAGUCCUCAUCUUCACUCAAAUGACUCGCAUGCUGGAUAUACUUGAGCAGUUCCUCAACUACCAUGGACACAUCUACUUACGGUUGGAUGGGAGUACACGUGUAGAGCAGAGACAAGCCCUGAUGGAGCGCUUCAAUGCAGACCGUCGCAUAUUCUGCUUUAUUCUGUCCACCCGCAGUGGAGGUGUAGGUGUUAACCUGACUGGAGCGGAUACAGUGGUGUUUUAUGACAGUGAUUGGAACCCAACCAUGGAUGCCCAGGCUCAGGACCGCUGCCACAGAAUUGGACAGACGAGAGAUGUCCACAUCUACAGGCUAAUCAGCGAACGCACAGUUGAAGAAAAUAUUUUGAAAAAGGCCAAUCAAAAGAGGAUGCUGGGAGAUAUGGCUAUUGAAGGUGGAAACUUCACCACAGCCUUUUUUAAGCAGCAAACUAUCAAAGAGUUGUUUGAUUUGUCAGACGAAGAGAGGAAAGAGGCUGAGUUGAGUGUGCCUCAGUCAGAUGAUGAUGAGUCCAUAAAUAAACAACAAACCACCAUUUUGGAACAGGCCCUGUGUCGAGCUGAGGAUGAAGAGGAUAUAGUGGCUGCAUCGCAAGCCAAGGCUGAGCAGGUAGCUGAGCUUGCAGAGUUUAAUGAGAACAUUCCUCUGGAUGAUGGUGACAGCAGAGACCAGGAAGAGGAGGAGCUCUCCAAGGCUGAGCAAGAAAUCGCUGCCCUAGUUGAACAGCUCACUCCCAUAGAGCGAUAUGCUAUGAAUUUCCUUGAGGCUUCCCUUGAAGACAUUUGCAAAGAAGAGCUGAAGCAGGCAGAGGAACAGGUUGAGGCUGCAAGGAAAGGUUUGGACCAGGCAAAGGAAGGUUUGAAACUGCAUCAGUCAUCUGACAGCGAAGAAGAGGAUUGUCUACUACCAAGUACUGAGGAACCAACUUCUGCCCGCCGCCCUCGCAAACACAAAGAGAAAGGUGCUCCCUCAACAAGGGUCAGCGGCAGGCUUAGAGGGACACCUGCUGAUGAUAUGUCCUUUACACAGCCAUCCCCAGAUAGGGAGAGAGGCAGACAAGGGGCUUGGAUUAACUCUGAGCCCAGUAUUAGCCAAACCCCAGGGUUCAGCUCCACACACAUGUCACCCUUACAAAGUGAAGUGCCUGAGAAGCUUCGCAGUGGUCUGCGAGGUCGAGGGGCAACCAAAGAAUCUGUGUUCCCCACAACAGCAGAAAACCAGAAAGUUCAAACCAGCCAGCAGCUCUCAGAUUCAGCAAUCUUGUUCCCUGCAAUGCAGGGUUCAGAUCCAAAAAUCAGAUAUGUGCCACCCUCCCACCAUUUGCCAAUCUCCCCAUCAAGCUCUGUGCCUUCAGCUGCUGGAUCUCCUGCAAUGGACAAAAACUCAAGUGUGCACCAAUCCUCUUUUUCUGCCUCAUGCAGAGAGGACAGUGAAGAACAUGGGGGAGAGGCAUUGUCUGACAGUAAUCAGUAUAGUAGGCGAGAUAGAAGAACAUCUGCAUCUUCAGACUCCAUCUAUUCCCAAGAGCAUCAAUCUGAACAGGAUGGUCAGCUUUCCCUUUCUCCUACGCUGGCAUCACCUAACUCUCGUUCACCAAGAAAGCGGCAGUCCGCUGAAAGUGAGAUCCUCAGAAGCCUUCCAGAAGAUUCUCCAUCAGCCAAGGUACUUCGGAAGCUUCCAGGUCGCCUAGUCACAGUGGUUAAGGAGAAGGAGCCAAGGCGGAGACGGAGGGGAAUGAGUGGAAGUGGAGGAGCACAUACUGAAGGUUCAUCAGAGGAGAUUGAACAGGCGGAGGCAGUUCAAGACCCUGGCUCUCACUCUUCUGAUGGAGCAAGUCAAACUGUUAAAGACUCUCCUCCCAUAUCAAUCCCCACAUCCUUAGCUUCCUCCCCACCACCACGAGAGCAAGAACAGGUCUCCUCUCCAUCACAGUCUAGUACAGGGAGAGGGCAUCACCCCUGUUCCCCAACACACCAUUCAUCAGACAUGCCUGUUCUGCGCAACUUACCAGUGCGUCGGAGGCUAGAGACAGAGUCUCGAAUGGCUGCACAGUUAGGAGAGCAGUUUGCAGGUAGAUGUAGAGGGUUGGAUAAGAGAUCUGCUUUGUCACCAAAGAAACAAGAUACUAAUUCAGACAAGGGCAAUGUUUUAAAUUCCACUGUUCAAAGUGACUCAAAUGUGAUUUAUCCUAUACCAGUGAAGCGCAAGAGGGGCAGACCUCCUAAAAUGCCCCCAAUGGCACCAGAACUUCCAGAACAGAAUAUAUCCAUAACCCAAAAAAUAAGUCUUGAACAGAGUCCACCUCACUCACCAAAACGGAAAAGGGGUCGUCCCCGUAAAGACUCCACCUCAAGGACAGCAGCAACUUGUAGUGCCGAACAACAGCUAGACCCAGCUACAAGCUCAUCUCCAACUUCUACGGAUGCUUCCUUUUCCCAAGAGCCUAACUUGUCAAUAUCCGAUAUUACGCCUGUGACUUUGUCCACUGAUAGCAAAACCCCACCAAUAAGCUCUCCAACUGUCAACCCCACUUCACCCUCAAAAGCUGCUGAAUUGUCAUCACCUCCUCAACCAGAUUCCCAAACAAACCAAACCACUACAUCUGUUUUACUAUCAUCUGUGCUCGGGAACUCUCAAAAUAAAGCUCAGUCUACAUCAGAACUUUCUUAUAGUGAUACUUACACCAGUCCGAGCCCCUUAAUUGCAUGCAUUGUCUCUCAAACUAGUACACUUAAAACUCCACACAGCACUUCUACAGCAAGUAUCUCUCAGAACAGUACAGCUUCUUCCGCUACACUACAGCUUCCAACUCCUUCCGAAGAACCUUUAGCUAAUAUAGUCCCCAUCCAUGCCCAACAACAUACCAUUACUACUGUAUCUGUACUCUCUCGGACCAAUCAAAUUACUGCACCUUCAGAAAUUUUAACAGUCUCUGGCGCAGAUGUAGAAGCUGAACAUAAUUCUCUCACUGCUAAUCAGAGAAUAGAUCAUUUGCAGCACUCAAACCCAUCAACUCAAGUGGCUUCAGAAUCUUUAGACAGAAUUAAUAUAACUGCAGGCUCUCUACAGGCCUCUGUAGAAUCCAGCUGUAAUACAACUGUAUCUUCUGCCCCACAUCAAACAUCCACCAUACCCAUUCCUGUACCUGCUUUGACUUCUGGGACUGAGCCAGAAUCUUCUUCAUUUAAGACAGUGGCACCAGAACCCUCUGUUACACCUACUGUGUCAACGGUUGUCCAGCAGUCCAUACCUAAGCCUGAUCAAACAUCUGCUCCUCCCUCACAUCAUCAAACUACACCAAUACAAACAGCAAAAGAUUCAACACAUUCUUCACUCACAUCCAACCAAAUGCCUUCAACUUUUGUACAGUCUCCAUCUUCCCCUAAGCAGACAACAACCGAAUCUCUGCCCACAUCCAACUAUAGAGAUGCAGAUUCUUCUCAGCCCAUGGAGACUGUGGCUGAUAAUUAUGAAGGCCAAAAGGAGGAGGUACUAACAGAGCAAACUGAAAUGGACUGCAUUGGUGAGGAUGAUGCAGGAGAAAAAGACAGUGUCUUGUCUCAGCCAAAAACAAGGAAAAUGGAUGCCUCAGUCUUCGAUAUUAUGACCCAUGAUGCUCUUGAGAGUAAUGUACCUGAUAAACCAUCAGAGGAGGACAGUCAUAGAGAAGACAAAGAGACCAGAACUUUGGCCAAAAAACGAAGCAUCAGUAGGCAAAGCAGCCAGGAGUCAGUUUGCUCCUCUUCCCCAUCUUCUGUAUCUUCCUGUGGCACAAGAUCAUCUCGAUCCAAAAAGGCUGGAGAGGGUAUGAGGCCAGCAAAAAGGAAAAGGAAGGAUAUAAAGUCUGAAAAUGAGAAAACAGUGGAAACACCUGCCCAAAAACACAAGUCCAACUCUUCCUCUUCUUCAGACUCAGAGGACUCUAAUAGCAGAAAUAGAUGUCUAACAAGAUCAGCCCAAAGGAAACUGGAGAAAGAUGGCAAAAAUACUAAAAAUGAUGAGACUAGUGAGAGCAAGAGGCAAAAGGGGAGGUCCGACAAGAAGGGUCAAACCACCAAUACAACAGAAGUGGACUCAAGUGGUGAAACCUGUUCAAGAGUAACCCGGAAAUCCACAGGCCCACAGUCUGUCUCUCAAUUCAACAUUUCGGCCUCCCCUGAACCUGAGGUACUGGGCAAACGUUGUUCAGCCCUUAAUGCUGCAGCCAAGCUUUUGGCCAUGAGGGUAAGAGGACCAGAUACACCCAGUCCCAGCCCAAAAGUUAAGGCUGCUGGACAGAAAAACAGGCCACUUUCCUCUGAAAAGAGCAGUAAACUCAAGGGUAAAACAGGACAGGACUCUCCCAAGACACAUAACAGUAAAGCAGAGAUUGGUAGACAAACCCCAAAUCAGUCAUCUGAAUCACCUCAGUCCUCUUCUGCUGCCCGAUCCACUCGGCAGCGACCGGGCAGCCUUGUACCCCCUUUGGAAUCUGAAAGAGUUAAAAAAGAGGAGAAGAAAAAGAAAUGUGAUCUGAAGGAGGAAGGUGACAAUGAAAAUAGAGAGACCAGGUCUUCAAGAGGUCAUAGUGCCUGUAGUAGUGUAAGCAGUGAAAGAGGAUCAGGCAGUAGCAGAAGUCGAAGCAGCAGCAGCAGCAGCAGCCAGCGGACCCAUAGUCUGGGCUCAGAGAGUACAGAGCCCCCCCGCUCUCGUUCCAGAGCACCAUCGUCUGGUAGUGAUACAGAGAGAGGCAAAAGGAUUCAGAGGAUGAGUGGUGGAGGAAGAGGCAGAGAGAGCAGAAGAGAGAAGAGGUCCCAGAAGCAUGACAAACCUGAACUGAGUGCUGGGUCAAGUGAUGGGACCCCAGACAGGGUUCUCAGGAGUGUAGCUGCACUGGCAGCAGCUCAGGCACGUACUCCAGCCAGUAACACACGCUCUUCAUCCUCUCAACACCGACACUUUAAGACGUGAUAGGCAGAGGAUAUAUUAUCUCUAGGUGUAAACAAGGAAUUAGAUGAGAACUCCUGAGAGGAGAGAAGGCAGAUUUUAUGGAUUCGAGGAAAGGGGAUCAAUUUCGUUGAAGUCCAUUGUUUAGCUGUAUGAGAGAAGACCGAAAAAAGAGAUGUUGCACAUUGUGGUUUAAUCUGACCUCGCCUUUAAUGCUCUGUCAGCUAUCUUAAGCCAUUUACAGCGUGGAAAAGGUCUAUAGAAUCAGACCAAUGAUGAUGGAGAUUUGGUCACUUAUUUAAAAAUGUGUCCUAAUAAUUUGAUUAAAACAAGAUAUUUCACCCUACCACUAAUACUUUGGAACUUCGAAGUAGGUGGGAAAGAGGCAAGAUUUAUUAUUUGUUCACACUAUGUACUGUAAUCAUAAAGACUGGAAGAUUAUGUAAAGUACAUGUUAGAAGAUUGGUCGCAUAGAUUGUACACUUUUUACAGAGUUUACUAGUGCUGCAAACGGUAUUGAUGGGGAAGAAAUUGAUUGGAAGAAAUUAAUGCUACAUUUAACAAUUUAGUGGGGAUUGUACAAUUGUAAAGUUUUUGACUGCUGCGUUCUGAAAAAUGUUUGUCAUCUGUUUUGACUACUGUUUGUUUCAAGUCAGUUGAUAAAUUAAGAAAAUUCUUUAUCUUCCAGGGUAUGAAGAAGAGAGCAGGUCUUUGAGGUUUUUUUUUUUUUUUUUUUUUUUGGCUGCACUAUGCUGGAGUAUCUAUUUGCUUGGAUCACAUGUCUUAUGUAAUGUCUCAGUCCAUUAUUUUUAAAUUCUGAUGCUGCCUGCUUUUCCCCAUUUGCACAUCUGAAAUGUGUCCGACAUUGGAAUGCAUUGUAAUGUAGGUUCUUUUUUUGGUGAACUUUUCUUUUAGAACAUCAACAUGUCAAUACAUCACCUCACGCUGCAUUCUGUAAGAUCUUUGCGUGUCUCUUGAGCUUGUGAUAAAUAUAUUGAAAUUUGCUUGUCAUUUGCUUUAUUAACAGUACAGAAAUUGGAGACAACCUCUUGUUAAUUUUCUUCACUCUUUCCCAAAGUGUUAGUCAUUAUGAUCAUCUUUACACAUUAAAUUGUAUUCUCAAAGACAGAAUCUAAAAUGAGUUUGAUCAAAUGAGAGUGCCUGUUGAUCCAUACAAGGGGUCCAUGUUAAUUUAUAGAGGUUUGGACAUCUGUAGUGCUUUAAGUGUAAUAAGCUUUUCCAUCCUUCAUCAUAAAAAUACAUUUCUUGUUUAUGUGCAAGUGCAACCAAAACUCCGAUCAGUUCAUCAGUGAAAAUUGCUAUUGUUAGCUUUUUUAUUUCUGGAGGAUUGGUCCUUUUUUAUGAAGGGAUUGAUGCUGGCCAGGACACCCCUGAAAGAACCUCUUAGGAGAAAGAUUUUAUUGCUGAGAAUUGGCAGUCAAGUGAGUUGCAAGAUAGCUCCUUUUGCCAUUUUUGGACAGAGAGAUGUUUUGAGGGUAUUAGUAGAAUAUGGUGAUGGUCUUAUUUUCAUUUUGAUUUGUCUAUUCUAAUUUGUUACAUUCCUUAUGUUCCCUUGUAAUUCCACAUUGUUUUACUUGAAAGAUUGAAACAAAAAUGUAAGUUGAAUAAAAAAGACCAAAAAUACACAA